ACAAACUGUGAGCCCCUAGAAAUUUCAAUGUUUGAAAAUCAGUUGUGAUUUGCUUACUUUCUACUUCCUUCCACAGAUGCUCCCACCAUUUUCAUUUUCCACCACCACCAGUGCUUCUAGUACUCCCCUCUAUAGUCACCCCGGAGACGUUCGAUAAAAAUCGUACCUAGUACACAGAACUCCCGCAUCAGCAUGUCGAUGACAACUCUAAAUUCUCUCGAAAUCCUUGCCGUUUUCUUUCUGAUCACCUUAACUUUCCAUGCCAACUCUCAGCAAAUUAACACCUAUGAGAAAAACAUCCUCCUUCAACUCAAAGAAUUCUGGUCACAUCCACCUUCACUGAACCAAUGGUCUGCUUCCAAGUCCAGUGAUCAUUGUUCCUGGCCCGAAAUCACAUGCAACCAAAAUAUUGUCACUGGAAUUACCCUUUUCAGCAAAAAUGUGAUUGGAAAAAUCCCACCUUUUGUUUGUGACCUUAAGAACCUGACUGUUCUUGAUUUCUCAAACAAUUCGAUCAUCGGGUCAUUCCCAACAGGCCUUUACAAUUGCUCCAAUCUUCAGUACUUAGACCUCUCUAAUAACUACUUUGUGGGAAUACUCCCCACAGACAUUGACAAGUUGUCUAAUCUCAAUUUCCUAAGUGUUCUGGGAAACAACUUCACAGGAGACAUUCCUGCUGCUGUCGGACGCCUUUCAGAGCUUGUGACUCUUAGCCUUUCGGGUAAUCUGUUCAAUGGUUCUUUCCCUCCUGAAAUUGGAAACCUGUCGAAUCUUGAAAGUCUUGAAUUUUCAUAUGUUCGUAAGUUUCCACCCUGGACACUUCCCUCAAAUUUAUUUACCAAAUUGACAAAACUGAGGAAUCUUUUCAUGACUGAGUCGCAUUUGAUUGGAGAAAUCCCCGAUAGUAUUGGCAAUUUGGCUGCUCUAGAAGUCUUGGACUUCAGCGCUAACAAGUUGAGUGGGAAAAUCCCAGAUAGUUUGUUUUUGCUGAAGAAUUUGACUUCUGUGUUUCUUUACGCUAAUAAACUUUCAGGGUCGAUUCCUCGUUCAAUAAAGGCUCUGAAUAUGGAGGUACUAGACUUAUCAGCAAAUAAUUUGACCGGAACAAUCCCUGAUGAUAUUGGAAAGCUUACAAAAUUAUCAGGGUUGUCAUUGUUCAUUAAUAAGUUAUCAGGUGAGAUUCCAGUAACUAUUGCAAGAUUACCUUUCUUGACAGACGUAAGACUAUAUAACAAUAGUCUAUCGGGAGAGUUGCCACCAGAUUUUGGUAGAUUUUCAAUGCUUGAUAGAUUUGAAGUGCCUAUAAAUAAACUUGUGGGGAAGUUACCUGAUAAUUUGUGCUAUAACAGGGUACUCAGAGGUGUGGUUGUAUUUGACAACAACCUUACUGGUGAAAUUCCACAAUCACUUGGGAAUUGCUCUAGUUUGGAAGUGUUCUUUGUUUCAGGUAAUCAGUUUUCUGGUAAAAUUCCAGAUGGUUUGUGGACUUCACUGAAUCUAACACAAAUGACAGUAAGUGGUAAUUCAUUUAUGGGACAGCUUCCUGAUAGAAUAUCUUCCAACUUAUCUUUGCUCGAGAUUGAUAACAACGAUUUUUCGGGUGAAAUUCCUGUUGGGAUAUCUUCCUGGAAGAAUCUGAAGGAGUUUGUGGCAAGCAACAACCUGUUCAAUGGUUCAAUCCCUGAGGAAUUGACUUCACUUCCACUGCUGGAAACACUAAAGCUCGAUAGGAAUCUAUUUACUGGAGCUCUACCAAAAUCGAUCUCGUGGACAUAUCUAACAAUCCUAAACCUCAGUCGAAAUCACAUUUCUGGUCCUAUUCCAGCUCAGUUAGGUUCUUUACCUAAACUUGCAGACUUGGAUUUAUCAGAGAAUGAGUUUUCAGGUCCGAUUCCAAGUGAAAUCAACCGUUUGAGGCUACCCUCGCUGAAUCUGUCGUCCAAUCUUCUAACCGGGAGAAUCCCAGGUGAAUAUGAUAAUCCAGCAUUUGGUACAAGCUUCUUGAACAAUACUGAUCUUUGUUCAAAUGAUCCAACAUUAGGCCUCAAAAGCUGCAAUUCCAGACCACAAACAAGAGAGUCCAAUGGAACUUCACAAAAAUUCAAGACCAGCAUCAUAUUUGUUUCUGUGAUCUUGUUCAUAUUAGCUAUACUUUUCUCGGUGUAUGUGGUUUUUCUCUAUCGAAAGAGGAAGCAAGGGCUAGAUUCCAGGUGGAAGCUUACUUCAUUCCAGAAACUAAACUUUACAGAAAGUACCAUCCUGUCUAGUUUGACAGAAGAGAAUGUAAUCGGAAGUGGUGGAUCCGGGAAAGUUUAUCGUGUUCCUGUUAAUCGUUCAGGUGAAUACGUUGCAGUCAAGAAGAUUGGGAACAAUAAGAAGCUGGACAAGAGGCUGGAGAAUGAAUUCAAUUCAGAAGUGAAGGUACUCAGCACAAUUCGACACGUUAACAUUGUGAAACUUUUGUGUUGUUUUUCAAGUGAGAAUUCGAAACUCAUUGUCUAUCAGUACAUGGAAAAUGGAAGUUUGGAUGAAUGGCUUCAUGGAAGUAAAAGAGCAGCUAAUCAGCCAAAUGCAAUGCCUCGACUGAUCUUAGAUUGGCCUAAUAGGAUGCAGAUUGCGGUUGGAGCAGCACGAGGCUUGUGUUAUCUUCACCAUGAAACGUUUCCCCCUAUAAUUCAUCGCGAUGUCAAAUCCACCAACGUGUUGCUCGACUCAAAAUUCAAUGCUAAGAUUGCGGAUUUUGGAUUAGCCAAGAUAUUGGAGAAAGAUGGAGGUUUCAACUCUGUCUCGGUGGUGGCAGGGUCUUUUGGAUACUUAGCCCCUGAGUAUGCUCAUUCGGCAAGAGUGAAUGAGAAGAUCGAUGUUUAUAGUUUUGGAGUGAUUCUGCUGGAGCUGGUGACCGGGAGAGAAGCAAAUGAAGGAGAUGAAGACAUGACACUUGUAGAUUGGGCAUGGAAUCAUAUAAACAGAGGAAAGCCUAUGAUCAAUGCCCUUGCCGCGGACAUCAAGGAGCCUUCUUACCUGAACGAGAUGAUUAGCGUUUUCAAACUUGGGAUCAUUUGCACAGGUACAUUACCAUCAACCAGGCCUACCAUGAAAGAAGUUCUAAGAAUAUUGAUACAAACUUGCUAUUCAAAUGGAAAUGGUGAGAGGAACAAUGUGACUGAGGUCGACUCUUCACCCCUUCUCAAGAACUCGUAGUGUCUAACUGGUUGUCAUGAAGAUGGAACUCUAGUGUAAAUUUUGUAAACAAAAGAGAGGUAAUAGCAGCAGAAAAAGACUCAAGUAGAAGACUAUAGGUAGCUCAAACUGGUCAUACUAUUCACUUACAAGUUUAUUUAUAGUGUUGAAGUCUUUAGUAAAACGUUGUGGCUAGUUCUGCAGUUUGAUUUUCA